AUGCCUCCCGUGCCCGCGCAAGUCGACCGAUGCCGGGUAAUAUGCUAUCACCAGACACUUCGUCCGGAUCGAGGCCAAUAUGUGUCCGCGCUACCGCUAGUGCAGAACAACACUGGCAUCACGCACAUCAUCAUUGCCGCCUUCCAUCUGAAUGCUGAACCAGGUCAUAUUACGCUCAACGAUGAUGCUCCCCACCAUAGCAUGUAUGAUGAGCUGUGGGCAGAGGUGCCUCUCUUGAAACAGAGUGGGGUACGCGUCAUGGGAAUGCUGGGAGGAGCUGCUCAAGGCUCCUUCCGCUGUCUGGACGGUGAUCAGGACAAAUUCGAACGGUACUACUUGCCUCUCCUAGCCAUGAUUCAGCGUCAUCAACUGGAAGGGCUGGAUCUAGACGUCGAGGAGGAGAUGUCGCUUUCAGGUAUCAUUAGACUUAUUGAUCGACUCAAAUCGGACCUGGGAGACGGCUUCAUUAUAACGUUGGCCCCGGUGGCAGCGGCGCUUCUAGGGAUCGGUAACCUUUCCGGGUUUGACUACCGAGAGCUUGAGCGACAACGAGCGUCGAAAAUUAGCUGGUAUAAUACACAGUUCUACAACGGCUGGGGCCCAGCGGAUGAUCCCCGUAUGUAUGCGGCGAUCGUCACGCAAGGAUGGUCGCCGCAACGCGUUGUGUUAGGAUUGUUGACGAAUCCCGGCAAUGGAUCGCAGGGCUACGUUCCUCGGGAGAUCAUCGGGCCUAUCUUAGGCCAGCUGGUGGAGCAGUUCCCCAACUUUGGCGGCGUUAUGGGCUGGGAGUACUUUAAUGCCAAACCGGGAGAGCGGGAGAAGCCCUGGCAAUGGGCGGCGGAGAUGUCGCUUAGCAUGCAUAUGAAGGAUGUGUCUAUGGUUUCCUUGCCGCGAGUUGCCGCGGCCACGAGCUCCGUGAUACUCAGACUCGCCGCCUUCAUCUUUCUUCGCUGGAUCCCCGGUCAUCAUUUCCCACCUCUAAUCUUCACCUCGCUAGUGGUGUAUCUAUCUUCAGUUUUCUCGCUCAGUCGGCCGGCCGAUGAGAACACCACCACCAAUCGUCCCCAUGGCUUGAAACGUUCCAGGACCGCUCCCAGUUACGUUCUUAAGACGCUGUUGACGGGACUGCCCUCCCCCAGAUCGCCAUUGGUGACCCGGCUGACUGUGCUGAUCAACCUUGUCCUUACGCUCUUCACUUCCGACCUUCUACUCCGUGGGGUAGUUUUCUAUCCUGCCAAGGAUGUUGCCUUCUCUCGCAUUGGCUAUGUCUCUCCAACUACAGCGAAUUUACUCGUUCGAGAGCCAGACUCCGCUCAACUACCUCUGGUGGUCUUCUACCAAGAAGCGGAACAGGACAACCCCUUGAAAUGGGUGGAAGAAGGAAUUAUACAUGCACUUGAUGAAUCGACGGAUUUUACAACCUCAGUGACUUUGAAAAACCUGAAGCCAUCCUCGCACUACCGGUAUUCUUUGUCCAAUAAUCGCACAGGCUCUUUUGUCACCGCGCCUCGUCAUGGUUCGAAAUCUGCCAACCGGCUUAGCUUUCUGACAUCUAGCUGCAUGAAGCCAAACUUCCCGUACAAUCCGCUAUCUCACCCAUUGCGUAUCGAGGGCAUUGAGAAGAUGACUGAGACUGUCAGUAAACUGCCAUCCUUGCUUCGACCAGCUUUUAUGUUGUUCCUCGGUGACUUCAUCUAUAUCGACGUUCCCCAGCGCUUCGGCUCAUCUGUAUCACACUACCGCAGUGAAUAUCGUCGUGUGUAUUCGUCUCCCUCAUGGUAUUCCCAUGGUGGUAACCCGGCCAUCGACCUGCCGUGGAUUCACACUCUAGACGACCAUGAGAUUGAGAAUGACUGGUCGAAGGGCAACAAUACAGCUCCCUACUUGGCUGCUGCUGACCCCUAUAUUCAUUACCACGUCAGUGUGAAUCCCCCGAUCCCGGCAUUACCUUUUGCCAAGCCAGAAAACACAACCUAUUUCUCUUUUAUCAACGGCCCGGCGUCAUUCUUCAUGUUAGAUACACGCACCUAUCGCUCGGAGCCCGCCCAACCGGACUCUACCAUCCUCGGCUCAGCGCAGCUGCAGUCCUUGCUUGCAUAUCUGUCUCGUCCUGAACCAGCCGAAGUGCGCUGGAAGAUCGUCGCCUCUAGUGUUCCCUUUACCAAGAACUGGCACGUCGGCACGACCGACACAUGGGGUGGAUUCUUGGAUGAGCGUCGCACAGUGUUUGAGGCCAUGUGGCGCGCCGAGCGAGAGCUGGGAAUUCGUAUCAUCCUGCUCAGCGGAGACAGACACGAGUUUGGGGCGACCCGGUUCCCUGAUCCAACAUUUGACUACACGCCCGAUGAACUUCUAUCCGAUACCGCCGGAGAAGGCCUGCACGAGUUCAGUGUUGGUCCGCUCAGUAUGUUCUACCUGCCCAUCCGGACCUAUCAUCAAACCGACAAUGAAGAUGUCACGGUCAAAUACAUCCCAACCGGUAACACCAAGUAUGGAUUAAUCGAUAUCGACAUCCGCGAUGAGACAGUACUCACCACCAGUGACAAGACGGCAACCGUACCCAGUUCCGUCCUUACCUACUCACUCUAUGUUGACAACGAUGUCGCCUGGAAAUAUAGUCUCAGCGUCCCACUCCCCGGGUAUGAAGAUGUUGUUGCCUCGGUGGCCUCUGCCAAACACCCACGACUCCUGCCAGGUAAAGUCCUUGAGGACAACCGUGGAACUGUUGGGUGGAAUACCCAGCUCAGGGCUCUGGUCAAUCAGGCGGAGGAAUUCGGGGGGCAGCUAAUUAGCUGGGUUAGGGAUCAAGUCUAUAAACUUUUGGAUAGAGCGGGAACAGCAGAAAGACUCGACUGA